AUGCAAAAAGAAACACAUCACAACACGUGUAAGGUGUGCUCAGGACCCACAAAGUGGUUUCAUCUGGGUGGCAAUGUAAGCAAUAAUUUGUGCAAUUUUUCGAAUUUUAUUUGGUUUCGACGUGAAUACAUUGCUAUUUUAUGUUUUUUUUCUAACUUUUAGAUCUGCAGAAACUGUUCUGUGUUUUUUAAAUGCUAUUUUGAAAAAAAUCUGAAAUACUUUUGUCGGCUUGGCGAUAACAACUGCAAAGUUUACUACAGUAGGUUUUUUUAUUUUAUACUUUACAUUAAAAAAGAUAAAAAGUAGAAUUUUUUGUUAAAUGAUUAACCUUGAACGUAUUUUAGAAGAUAAGUUAAAGUGCAAAGCGUGCCGGUUCAAACAAUGUCAACAAGAAUUGAAUGUUUUAGUCGAAACAACACGUAAUAUAACAACUGAUACCUCUUUGAACGUCUACAACAAUGGCAUUACUGCUGUAAGUUGUCAGCUUGUCGAAGCAUUUAACCAUGAACACGGCUGGAGCUUUGAUGACACCGCAACAGUCAACACGAAUAACGGAAUGAUUAAUGUAUGUGGGGUAUAACUGUAGAGUAAAAAGCCUGGGCCACAAAAUUUUCUUUAAUAUAUAUAUAUUUAUUAACUUUUAAAAAUUCUAAGUUUAAUCAUGCUUCUUUUGGAAAAUUUAAAUCUUUUAGCCAUUUACAUCAAAAACAGAAGCUUGUGAGUUUGUAUACAAUAGCGCUACAAAAACGUUUAUUGCGUUCACCGACUGCGUCAAUCGUAUGGUGUUCGAAACGCCGGAAAAAUACGUAAGUUUUUUGCUAACAUAAAUUAUUUAUCUUUAAGUAUAAAUAAUAUUUUUAAAAAUUUUAACAACUUUUCAAACUUAUGACAAGGGUCUAAAUUAAAGGACAAGUUUUUGUUGCAAACUCGCAACUAUCUGAUCACGCUAAAACAAGGCUAUCUAUCAGCACAAUCUUACAAAAACGACUACGAUUCUCGCUGCGUUUUUGUUCCAGGAGUUCAUGUAGAUGUGUUUGAAGACGACUGGUGGUUAGAUCGUGAAACAGUAGAUCCAGGCAUGUGUCAUGUAAAAUUAAACGUGAACUCUAAUUUGAUAUAUACAGGGUGCGACAAAAGUCCUUGGACUAAUUUUACCGGUCGAUUUCUUUAUGUUGUACGCGAUUUAUAUAAUUUUUUUAAAGAUUGUCUUAUUCCUCAUAGUUUUUUGUUAUAAAUAAGUAAAAACUGAGUUUUUCAUGUCUAACGUCCGUCUCUAUUUAGAUGCCAAACACGAGAGGAGCCAUCAUUAAGCUGCAUAAAGAAGGAAGAAGGCAAUGUGAUAUUGCGAAAUCGUUAAAUAUCGCAAAAUCUACAGUACCCCACGUGGUCAGACAAGUGGUCAGAUAAAUAUAUGACUAAAAUAAUGAGUCCAAGGACUUUUGUCGCACCCUGUAUUUUUAACGUUAAAAAGAAUUCAAAAAGUGUAGAAAUUUAAACUACUUGAGGAUUUGGUUGAUCUUAACUUUAAAAGUUUUGUUAUUUUAAAAAAGCUUCUAGUUUCUGGCUUUUCAAACUAAAAAAAAAUAAAAAAUCGUUUAAUUGUAUAUGACAUUAUACUAAAUUUACUGUCUUCAGAGUAAGUUUUUUUGGUUUUUAUUACUGUGUAACUCUUAUAUAACAAAAUAACUGUUGAAUUUUUAGGCGAUUCGUUAUAAAGGAGUUGCAAUUAAAUGUAUUUUUACAUAUUAAUUUUAAAACAAACAUAAAAUUUUAAAGUUAUUAUUAUUAUUACUAUUAUGUAACCCACAUAAAAUUAAUGUUUAGAUUAGUAAGAACGUUCAAUUCGCAGUAUGUGGAGUUGAUACAACAUUUUCGAACAGCAAAGCCAACGUUACAAGACAUUGUCACCGUCUUCCUCAUAACUCUUUUUAG